CACAAUCAGCUUCAACCACGUGAAGCAGCCUCGCCAUCGGCGACUCCACGUCGCCACUUACAAGCCUCAUUAUCUGUACAUGGCGUCUCUGGCCUCAGCAGCUCGGCUCCGGCCUGUUGCGACCAGGAGUCCUGCACCAGCGUCUUAGACUCACCUCUCCGUACGUAGUAUUGUGACUCGGUCUGUGACUCAUCCUUGCGCUCUCGUCUCUUUACCUAUCACCAACAUGUUCUUCGAAUAGAUAAUCUUCAUCCUCUUCAGCUUCUUCCCUUUAUACCUACCCAUUCACUCACCCACUCUCAAUCGCAUUCGCCGCCAUGCCCAAGAAAAGAAGGCUGCCCGGCCACGGCAAGAGCAAAAGCAAGGGCAAGGACAAGAAGCUGCGGCCCUUUCAUCAAUUCAGCCGCCUGCCAGCCGAGCUUCGCACCCGCGUUUGGGAUCUCGUCGACGCGGAGCCUCGUGUCGUGGAGCUCCGAUAUCACCGCGAUUAUACAAAGAAGCGUGGCACUCGAGAGCAGAUUCGCUGCCUCUCAAGGGCGCCCGCUGUUCUCCAUGGCUGCCGCGAGUCUCGGCGGAUAAUCAUCCAGAGGAACCUCUACCAGCGUGCCUUUGUCCGGCCCCUAGGAUACAACUGGGUGAACUUUGCGGCCGACAUGAUCUCCAUCGGGCCCCUGGAUUCCUCGUGGCUCGGGAUCGAGAGGACGCUGAUCCAGCGUUUCCGCUUCGAGAGCGAGAAUGACGAGUGCUUCUUCCACUUUCAGUCUUGGGAGCUGAAUACGAUGACCAGCCUAAAAGAGCUCCAUAUUAUCUGCCUGGACGGCGUCACGUACUGGAUCGACAUCGCCGAGGAGAGGGGCUUCCCUAAGGAGAAUGUCUUCUUUAUGGCCAAGGGUAUCGCGAGCCACAUGUACAGCAGGCGCGAGAUGAUGGAGAGAUUUCCCUCGCGACAGUUUCCAGAGUACAGCAGUAGCCACUACCGCCAGCUGUACGACAAGAGGAUCAAAGGGACCUUGGCGGAUGUGCCUGAAGAGCUUUGGUUUGGGGUGUCCGAGGGGGAAUUGCCUGCAUACCCGCUUGGCAGCACAUAGUCAGACUUUAGGACGACGGUAGCCAUCCGCGUGAGACCUGACUGCACAGAACCGACCAGCCAUAGACACGAUGUAUGGGAUCGGUUCGCAAACAAAAAGACUUGUCCGUGGCAUGCCAAGGCGAUAUGGAAUUCCUUCUGGCCCCAAAACUCGCCAACUUUGAUUGUGUUGCUCCGCUUCCACAGCAGUAGAUGUACAACCAGUUGAGGCACAGUGUGGCCG